GCACGCACUAGCUACGUACUUAAUUAGUCUCUUGCGCAUCGAAAACACUUGUAAGUUUACAAAAGUUGAAGAAAUGGCAAGCUUCCCAGUUAUCAACAUGGAAAAGCUUAACGACGUUGAGAGAGGAGAAACCAUGGAGAUCAUCAAAGAUGCCUGCGAGAAUUGGGGGUUCUUUGAGUUGGUGAACCAUGGGAUUCCGCAUGAAGUAAUGGACAACAUAGAGAAACUGACCAAGGAUCAUUACAAGAAGGUGAUGGAACAGAGGUUUAAGGAUUUGGUGGCAAGCAAGGGAUUGGAAGGUGUACAAGCCGAGGUUACAGAUAUGGAUUGGGAAAGCACUUUCUUCUUGCGCCACCUUCCCGUUUCCACCAUUUCACAAGUCCCUGAUCUUGAUCACAAUUACAGGGAGGCAAUGAGAGAUUUCGCCAAAAGAUUAGAGAAACUAGCAGAAGAGCUUCUAGACUUACUCUGCGAGAACCUUGGACUAGAAAAAGGAUACUUGAAAGAGGCGUUUUAUGGAUCCACCGCUCCAAAUUUUGGCACCAAAGUGAGCAACUAUCCACCAUACCCAAAACCUGAUUUGAUCAAGGGUCUCCGAGCCCACACCGACGCCGGCGGCAUAAUCCUCCUCUUCCAAGACGACAAAGUUAGCGGCCUCCAGCUACUGAAAGACGGGGAAUGGGUGGACGUUCCUCCCAUGCGCCACUCCAUCGUCAUAAACCUGGGCGACCAAAUCGAGGUAAUCACCAAUGGUAAAUAUAAGAGCGUGGAACACAGAGUGAUUGCGCAGACCAAUGGCGCUAGAAUGUCCAUAGCUUCCUUCUACAACCCAGCAAAUGAUGCGCUCAUCCACCCAGCAUCCGCUCUGGUGGAGAAAGAGGCAGAUGAAGAGAAAGUGUACCCGAGAUUCGUGUUUGACGAUUACAUGAAGUUAUAUGCAGGCUUGAAGUUCCAGCCAAAAGAGCCAAGGUUCCAAGCCAUGAAGGCCUUCCAGAAAGCAUAGAAAUAUACAUUAAUUAAUUACUUAUACAAAAUUAAUAAAUAAACUAGUUGUAUUUUCAAAAAAAAAAUAAUAAAUAAACUAGUUCUUCAUUACAACAAGUCAUCAUCUAAUAAAGCGUUUUACUUUUACUUGUAAUUGUUGUUAAAAAAAUAAAUGACCUUAUGUUAUUACAAA